UUGUCGGGGUUAUUGUCGCCAUUUCGUGGCUGUUGUUGUGAUUCUGUGCCAUUGUGCUGACUGUGGUUGCGGUUGUCUUGUCUCGUGCUCGUGUUGUUGCCGUAGUGGUUAUUGUUGGGCGCCCACGCUUGUGGGCUGUUCUGUCUGGUGCUUUCAUUUUACUGCGG